UUUAAGGAUGACUUUUGCUUUGUUCCAGGGCCUUAAUUCUCUGGAUGAGGAUGACCCCAAUGUCCUGCUGGCUAUUCAGCUGUCUCUGCAGGAAUCUGGGCUGGUUAUGGAUGGUGAGACUCAGGAGAUCCUCAACAAUGAAGCCUCCAUGGGAGCGAUUGGCACCUCUCUGCCAUCCAGACUGGACCCUGUGCUGCCCAGUGUGGAGCUGCCUCGUGGUGCCUUGAGCAGCUCUGAGCUCCUGGAGCUGGGAGACAGCUUGAUGAGACUGGGAAACAUUACCAGUCAAUACACCCCUGAGCCCUUUGAUAACCUGCAUCCCUUCGACCCUCUCCUGGACAUGCAGAGGGACCCUGCAAUGCAGGACAAUGUAGAUGGGGGAGGUCUGUCAUCCCAAACUGGGGACGAUGCAGUGGGCCUCACCCAGCUGGAGUUGGAGGGCAUGGCCACUGUGGGUGUCUUGAACACAGAGCCUGACAACAGACAAGUUGACUGUAAUGCUGAUCCCAGUCAUCCUGAUGUACCUGAAUGUGAGUCUCUUCCUGACCUUCAACCACACAGCCCUGAGUGGGAGGAGCAAGUCCACCUGGUUUGAGAGCCUCCUGUAAUAUCUAUACCCACUAUCACACAGGAAAAUUAUCAACUGUGGCAGCAACUGAACAAAAAAAAUGUUUUGGGUAGCACAUUGGGAGAGAAACUGUUUUGAUUUAAAAUCUAAAGCAAAUUGUAUACUGCUGAAAUCAGAAAAAAAUGUAUACAUGUACUAGAUGUGGAUAAAAUAAUUAUUUGUAAAAAAAAAAAAAA